UUCUGCUGGAAUAGCUAGAUGAGAUUAAUUUCUUCAUCCAAUUCAUCCUAUCUCCAUUGACAAUUAAAUCUCCAUACAUCGGCUUAAGGCUUACGGUAUACAACAUGUCGAAUCCAUCCCUCGUCUCUCUACUAAUCACCCCCUACACAAUCCUUCUCCUCUUCGUUCUUUACUAUUUACUCCCCUACCUCGCCAAAACACACUGGCUCUUUAUUCCCGCACCUUUUCCCGCCGCAUACACAAACCUAUGGCUCCUUUGGCAGGCUCGGCGCGGUCGUCGGUUCUUAGCUGUGAAUGAGGCUCAUAAGAAGUACGGCAAGUUUGUGCGGAUUGCGCCGAAUCAUAUUAGUAUUGCCGAUGAUGGGGCUAUUCAGGCUGUUUAUGGGCACGGAAAUGGAUUCUUGAAGUCGGAUUACUACGACGCCUUCGUAUCUAUUCGUCGUGGAUUAUUCAACACCCGGGACAGAACAGAACACACCCGUAAGCGCAAGACAGUGUCUCAUACCUUUAGCGCAAAAUCCAUUGGUCAAUUCGAGCAAUACAUACACGCGAAUAUCGAGUUAUUCGUUAAGCAGCUCACAAAAUUGUCCCAAACGCAACGCAAUCCGAAGACCGAGUAUGCAUCGAUCGAUGCAUUGAAUUGGUUCAAUUAUCUGGCGUUUGAUAUCAUUGGUGACUUGGCCUUUGGCGCCCCUUUCGGCAUGUUGGAAAAGGGUAAGGAUGUCGCUGAAGUACGCAAGACCCCUGAUUCGCCGCCUACAUAUGCCCCUGCGAUUGAAGUGUUGAAUCGCCGUGGUGAGGUUUCGGGAACGCUGGGAAUUAUUCCCGGUCUGAAACCUUAUGCAUCGUAUCUACCGGACUCAUUCUUUAGCAAAGGUCUCGAAGCCGUUGAGAAUCUAGCCGGUAUUGCCGUCGCGCGUGUCAGCGAGAGACUCAAACCGGAGGUUAUGGCGAAUAAUACUCGGGUAGAUUUACUGGCUAGAUUGAUGGAAGGUCGGGACGAGACUGGCGCAAAGCUUGGUCGUGAGGAACUCACGGCUGAGGCUUUGACGCAACUGAUUGCGGGGAGUGAUACGACUUCAAAUACUUCUUGUGCGUUGUUGUACUGGGUUUUGAGAACUCCGGGUGUGAUGAAGAAGUUGCAAGAGGUUGUGGAUGAGGCGUUACCGGAAAGAGUUAAAGUGCCGACUUACGCUAUGUUGAAGGAUGUUCCUUAUAUCCAAUAUGUCAUUCAAGAAACAAUGCGCAUCCACAGCACAUCUUCCCUCGGCCUCCCUCGACAGAUCCCAGUGGGCAACCCACCCGUCGAAAUCUGCGGCCGAACAUUCUUAGCAGGAGACGUCAUCUCCGUGCCCUCAUACACAAUCCAUCAUUCCACCGAAAUCUGGGGCCCCGACGCAGAAGCCUUCGUACCUGAGCGAUGGGCUCCCGAACGGCUUACGGCUCGUCAAAAAGCUGCUUUCAUUCCGUUCUCAACAGGACCCAGGGCCUGCGUGGGUAGGAAUGUGGCUGAGAUGGAGUUAACUUGUAUUGUGGGAGCGGUGUUUAGAAAUUUUGAGUUUGUGUUGGAGCAGGAACAUGAUAUGGAGACGAGGGAAGGGUUUUUAAGGAAGCCUUUGGGUUUGGCGGUUGGGAUUAGGCGGAGGGCCGUAUAAUUUGACCGGAAUGAAUUGCAUGAAUCUUGAGAUUCUAGUCUGAUAGGAAUGUGGUCUUCAUGUGAAGUAUGAUGUAUAUGGUCUUAUGUCUCAGUGAAUGAAAUCGCGAGAAUGCUCAACGUUGACUGUGUAGAUAGAUACUUGACUUGGCGGAAAGUGUAGGCAUUCUCGCACACGUUUCUGUACUCAUAUCCCCAGUGCUGCAUUUAAAAAUAGAACAAGAUGUUGAGGAAGUCAUCGACUAAUUGAUAUCAAUAAUAGAU